AUGCCUCUGGUCAAGAGAAACAUUGAGCCUCGGCACCUGUGCCACAGCACAGUGCCUGAUGGAAUUGGCAACGAGCUGGAAUGUGUAACCAACAACACGCUGUCCGCCAUCAUCCGCCAGCUCAGUAGUCUGAGUAAACAUGCAGAAAAUGUAUUUGGGGAGCUUUUUAAUGAAGCCAACACCUUUUAUGUGCGUGCAAACUCUCUCCAGGACCGUAUCGACCGCUUGGCCGUCAAGGUCACCCAGCUGGACUCCAGCGUGGAGGAGGUCUCUCUUCAGGACAUAAACAUGAGGAAGGCAUUCAAAAGUUCUACUGUCCAGGAUCAGCAGGUUUUGUCCAAGGGCAGUACACCGAACUCGGUGGCUGACAUGUACAACAGCAGUGACAGGCCCCCUCCCCUCAGCAAUCUCACAGCCUACAGAGAGGAUUCCACUGAUGCGAUGAAAUUCUACUCAGACCCAUCGUACUUUUUUGACUUGUGGAAGGAGAAAAUGCUUCAGGACACAGAGGACAAGAGGAAAGAAAGGAGGAGGCAAAGGGAGCAGAAGCGAUGUGUGGAAAGCGGCACUCUUCAGCGAGAGGUGAAGAAGGUGAGAAAGGCCCGAAACCGCAGGCAAGAGUGGAACAUGAUGGCCUUCGAUAAAGAGCUUCGCCCAGACCACCAGCAUCCGCAGACUCUACGGCGAGGGGCAUCGUCUGAAGGCUCCCUCUCCCCGGAUGGCAGGCCUGACCUCCCAGACUACCCCGUCCCUCCACUGCCUGCCCACGCUGCUUGUAACUAUGCCAAAUCUCAUGAUUACGUCCCCGGGAACGCACACCCCUCACCACCUGUGGAGCAUGAAUACCACAGCAUUGAUGUCAACUACAAGAGAGUAACCUACGCCACAGCAGAGUCUCACACUGCAGAACGAAUGAACGGUUCAAUACGUCCACCUGCAGAUUACAACUUGGUUCCUCCACCUCCCGUCCCGGGCCCACCCAUCCCGUCGGCACAAACAGCCUUUGGAUGUCCUCUGGGUGCACUACCACCGACACCACAUAAUGGAGUUUUGCAUGUAGGCCCAGGUUACGCACUCCCACCUGUGCCUCCGCCAGGACCUCGCAUCAUCCCUCCUCCCCCAGGUCCCCCACCUCCGCCUCUCCCUCCCCCAGCUGCACCCUCACACCUAUCAGGACACAGUGAAAGCAGCAGAGCUGAGACUAAACCUGUGAGAGAUGCAAGAAGUGACCUGUUGUCCGCCAUUCGCAUGGGCAUCCAGCUGAAGAAAGUCCAAGAGCAGCAGGAGCAGCAGAACAAGCGGGAGCCAGUGGGGAACGACGUGGCCACCAUCCUGUCCCGACGCAUUGCUGUGGAGUACAGCGACUCUGACGACGACUCGGAGUUGGACGGAAAUGAGUGGUCAGACUGA